AUGUCACUCACUGAGCGAGUGAGUGAGGCAAUGAGUGAGCCGAUGACGAGUGCGAGGACGAGCCGCGGGGCGGGCGGCGCGGGGGGAGGGGCGUGGCCGCGCACGGAUUGGACGCCGCAUGCAAAUGCGCCUCUCGGCCUGCGCCGGCGCAGACUCCGCGCUUACAGCGAGAUCAUUGUUCGUCACAAAAACAGCGGAGGCUCGUUUGUCGGGAACAUGAGGAUGAGCGCAAAAAAGGAAACGCGCAUAACAAGAAAUGACAAAAACUACCGACCGACGUUUUUAUAUAGAAUAGAGAUCCAGAGACUGACUACUGACGAGGACCUGCUGCUCCUGGCGGUACAUCGAUAUAUGUUUUUUAUAGCACAAAAACUCGCCUCGCGAAUACUGAGUGUGUCCAAACAAAAUACACAUAAAUAUAAAGUAGAUGACACCACCCGGUCCUGUGAGCGAGCUCGGACCCCCCCCCCCUCCACUAUGAGGAGAGGAGGGAGGGAAGGAUGUGGUCCGUCCAAGGCGCCGAGUCAAUUGCCAACGAGACCAUUACUUUUGAAUCGCAUUUACAUUGAAUGCAAUGCUCCGACGAUCCGAUUGUUGGACUCGACGCACAAUUAA